AAGCGCAGUUAAAAACUCCAUGAAUCAUCUCCGAAGAACGAAGAUAAAUUUAAUUUUGUAGCGAUAAGCUUUUAUCAUUUCUCUUGCAAAAAGUAUUUUGCCUACUUUCGCAUGGAAGGUCGACUAGUAACAACUCUUUUUUUUUUUAAAUUAAAUUAAUUCUGUCAGCGCAAUUAAACUUACAUUAAAAAUGUCGUCUUGUGCUACUAUUCAAUGUAAAAUAGGCCCGUCUAUUUUAAAUUCUGAUUUAUCAAAUAUAUAUGCAGAAUCUCAACGAUUAUUGGAUUCUGGAGCUGAUUAUUUACAUUUAGAUGUGAUGGAUGGACAUUUUGUCCCUAACUUAACUUUUGGUCAUCCCGUAGUCAAAUGUUUGAAAAAAAAACUUCCUUCUACCUUUUGUGAUAUGCAUAUGAUGGUAGCUGACCCAGCAAAAUGGGUGGAACCAAUGGCUGAUGCAGGAGCUGAACAAUACACUUUUCACAUUGAGGCAACUGAAAAGCCUUUGGGUGUGAUCAGAAAAAUCAAAGAAGCUGGAAUGAAGGCUGGAAUCGGUGUCAAACCUGGAACUCCUGUUGAAGUUGUUGUUCCUUACAUCGAAGAGGUUGAUCUUGUUCUCAUUAUGACUGUUGAGCCAGGAUUUGGUGGCCAAAAAUUCAUGGUAGAUAUGAUGGAAAAAGUCAGAUUUUUAAGAUCUGCUUAUAAGAAUCUGGAUAUCGAAGUAGAUGGUGGUGUUGGCCCCAAUACUAUAGACUUAUGUGCUGAAGCUGGUGCUAAUCUCAUAGUUUCUGGAACAGCUAUUACAAAGAGUAACACCCCUGAAGAAGUGAUAAAACUUUUAAGAAAUUCUGUUAAAAAAUGUCUAAAUAAAUGUUAAAAUAAACCUUUUUUAUAUUAUGUAUUUUCUACCUACUUACAAAUAAAUGUAGAAACAAACAUUA